UCAUGGGUGUCCAUAAUCAACAUUUGGUCUUUAGCUGUCUACUCUCACUUGUGUACGGUUCUCAUGAACAGUGUCCUAUAAAGAAACUGGUCACUUUUAACGCCGGACUACAACCGAGUACUGUAAAGUAUUAUGAAGACAGACGACAAUUAUUGGUUCCCGCCCUAAAAAACUUAGGUAGUGAUGUCAUUUGCUUACAAGAGGUCUUUUAUGGGAAGGAUGUUAAAGAAACAGUGCAUAGAUUGAUGUUUACUUACCCAUACUCAUAUAGUUCUCUCCAUGACAGUCAUGGUAGACUAAACUAUAGUAUGAUGCAGAAAGCUCCUUGUCAAGGAACUAAAAGCAUGCAGUUUUUAACAUGUUUUAGUCAGAAAUGUAAUCCAACUGGUCGACCAUUGCUGGGAGUUUUAGAGUGUGCACUCAAGCAAUGCAAAAUGCUUGAGUUGUCUGAUUUUUGUAUAACUUGCAUCUUAGUAAGUGGUCCAGAGAAUAUUUCUAACCACUGCUUAGGACCUCAAGCACUUCAGAUGAACAUUCCAGGAUUAUUAGUGUUAAGUAGACGCAAACUAUGGAGUCCUAAACGGACACCAUUUAUUCAUGGAGUUAGGCCAUUCUUCAGAAAGGAAUUCAUAACAGCGAGGGUACAAGAAUUAGGAGAAAUAAUGUGUACUCAUCUAACACCGGCUAAUGAUACCAUCGCACAAGCGUUCCAAUCAUCCUUCUUUGCUGAUGGAGAAACAGAGAACCUAUUUGAAACGAUAUCAUUAUUACGACGCAUACGAAAUGAAAAAGACAUAGUAUUGAUGGGUGACAUGAAUUCUGGACCAUCUAUAUCAAUUAGGCAUAUACACUAUGUGACAUCAGCAUCUUUUGAACAGUUUAUGAAGGGCAAUCUACGUUCUCCCUACGCAGAGCUGGUUGGAAAGCCUACGUAUUCACCACAUGAAAACACAUUGACAGAUGGACACGAUAUCAGCAUUAUAGACCACAUUCUCACCCGUGGAUAUAAAAUUUUAGGAGCUAAGAGAGUAAUUGACCAGCUUUUGCCAGAAAAGAAGUUCCCAUUGUCUGACCACUACGGAGCAGAAAUAUCUGUUCGCACCAAUUGUCGCAGCGAUUUGAAGGACUCAGAACAUUUGAUUGAUUAGAGCACACGCAACAUAUUUUGCUUAGCGAUCUAAUAUCUUAGGUCUAUUUAUGCUAUAUACAGCGAUUUAAUUUCAUUUCAUUUAUAUAUAUUGAUAGUAGCUGCAUGCAUUUCGUGUACAUAGUUACGAUACGCAUACUUUAACUGCAUUUCUGCAUUUUUGCCUUGCAUUGACGCUCUAGAGAAAAUAGAAACACGAAGACUUAACACAAGCUGCGUUUAGUUUAGUUUUUAUUUUCUGACGAUAGGAAACUGAAGUGAUGCUACAUAGAACUGUUUGGGCGCAAAAAUUAAUAUUUGUAAUUGAUUUAAUAUUAUAUUUUGUAUUAUAUUGAUUUAUUUUCUACAGGAAAUCUGAAUAUAAGUGUUUUCGAAAGACCUCACGAAUUGUUUUGUAUAUAUUCAAAUGAUACACUAAUGCUUUCAAAAUGAAUCACUAUUUGUAGGUUAUUUUUUCACAAAGAUAUUUCCAUUAAACAUCACAAACAACAUAUAAAUGCAGGAAACCUUGUCAUAUAUCAAGAUAUUAUAUAGAUAACUCAAAGAUAUAGAGAUCAUCGAAUACCUUUUUUUACCUUGUUUAUUUCAAACAUUCCGGUAAUGCAAAUAAAAGAUGCAGCUAUUUCUCAUAGUUAAUGCAGUGAGUGAUGUAAAAUCUGUUUUUAUUUCUACUACAGAGAGUAAUGGACAAAGCAAUACAUGGAAAAUCGUACCCUUUAUCAGAUCAUUAUGGAAUUGAAGUCACUGUACAAACUAGCUGUAAACCCGG